GGAGAGAGAGUGUGUGUGUGUGUGAGAGAGAGGGAGAAAGAGGGAGAGCGAGCGUGUGAAGCACACUGCCAGCGCUCACUCUGUAAUGCACUGUGAACAGGGACAAGCAAGAGAGUCGCACACACACACACACACUCACAUUUACACACACACACACGCACACAUGCUGCCUCUGUCACACACUCUCACACCCAUACACCUUCACACUGUGCUGCUCCUUCACACACACGCAUGUACACACUCCCCCACACGUGUGCGCUGAGGCUGAGAGGUGUCUUGUUCCGGGCAGACGCACACUUUCCCCUCACACACACAUGGACGCACACUGUGCAGCUGGACACCACAGAACAAGAUCGGACGACUGUCACCCACCGGUGGAGACUCUCACAUGAGCGCCGGCAGGACACCAUCUACAGGUGUGGGUGAACACAAGGGUGAUGCCAGUGGAGCUUAGAGGGAACGAGCCGCACUCUGUCCAGCAGCAUCUGUCCGCAACCCUUUAUCCUUGUCCCAGCUUGCGGAGCUGAUACCUCAGGUCGGAUGGUCCCUACUUCUUCUACUUCUUUCGCUGUGACAUUGUUUUGAAUGGAGACAUUUUUCAGGUGAGGAAGAGAAAGAAAAGGAGCAGCAGUGUGUCCCGACAGUGUCACUCCUGUUAUUUUGGAGAGUUGGUAUUCGGGCGUUUGUCAUCCCCCUGAACCGGAUCAGGUUCUGAUCUCCAGGACUGAAUGUGAUUUUAUUUUAUUUCGUUCUUUUUUGUUUCACAAAAAAAUGUCAACAACGUUGUGCACGGUUCUGUUGCUGAACCCUUUGGCACAGGAUUGAGUCAAACUUCAGAGGAGCCAGGAGAGGAAGGUAAAGGCAGACUUGGACUGGGACGGAGGCAUCAGAGGACAGUGAUUACAUUGCACUGGUUUUUGGGUUGAUAACGACAUGACUUGUCUGAAAAGAGGAACAGCGACGUACCAAGGCUUCACCUGAACCUGACUCCAAACCAGAAAACAAACGGAGAGACAUUUAAAGGCAAACGCACAUCAAUCCAAACCUCUAAGAGCGAGAGUUGUCUGUUUUGGCUGGGCCUUUGUGGAAUCCGCCCCUCUUUCCUCCACCUCCAUCUCUUCCUCCCCUCAUCUCCCUCUUUUUCUGCCUUUCUCCCUGCCGCUACGGUCCAUCCUCCGAAGCCCCCUCCUCCGCUCUGCACCCCUCCCUCAGCGGUGCUCCGUCGCCCUGGGUGAGCGGGAAGGGGGGUGGCCCACGGUACCCCCCGACACCUGGGCGCCACCGAGCCGCCAGAGGCUGGUGAGGCGGCGGAAGGGUCAGCCCUGGGAAGAUGGCCGCUCUCGCCAGCUCCCUCAUUCGCCAGCGCAGGGAGGUCAAGGACCCCCAAGCAAACCGGCAGAUCGCCAGCAAGCGCAAGCCGUGCCCAAAGAGCAACAAGUCGCUCUGCCAAAAGCAAAUCCUCAUAUUAAUAUCCAAGGUUCGACUAUGUGGCAGUCGAGGGAGAAAACUGGAGAAAAGACCAGAGCCCCAGCUGAAGGGCAUCGUCACGCGGCUCUACUGCAGACACGGCUUCUACCUCCAGAUGCUGCCGGAUGGCACCAUGGAAGGCACAAAGGACGAAAGCAGCUCCUUCUUGCAGUUCAACUUGAUUCCUGUGGGGCUCAGGAUAGUGGCCAUCCAGAGCACCAAGACAGGGCUCUAUGUCGCCAUGAACAGCGAGGGCUACCUCUACACUUCGGAACACUUCACGCCAGAGUGCAAGUUUAAGGAGUGCGUGUUCGAGAACUACUACGUGACCUACUCGUCCAUCCUGUACAGGCAGACCCAGUCGGGCCGAGCGUGGUACAUCGGCAUCAACCGGGACGGACAGGUGAUGAAGGGGAACCGCGUCAAGAAGACCAAGGGAGCUGCACACUUCCUGCCCAAACUCAUCGAAGUGGCCAUGUACAGGGAGCCCUCUCUACACGACGUCGCAGAGCAGAGUCCGCCCAGGAAAACGCCCAAGACCUCCAGUAACUCGCCCGUGCUUCAGAACGGCAAGAAAGACCCUCAAUCCAAAACCAAAACGUCCACCUCCUAGCGCUCAGACACACGGGAGGUGGUGGUGGGGGGUGUGGGGGGUCGGGGUGCAAGCGUACAGGGCACUGGGCACCAGCGGAAACCUGAAAAGGGUUGUGAGGGCCACGCCACCCUCCACCACCCCUACUGCCUGCAACACUGACCCCCCCACGAAAAAACUCUGCAUACCACAAUGCACCGGUGUAGCGUUGAAGAAAAAGGAGCAGGCCUGGGUAGAGUGAUGCUGGCCAAUGGGAAGCACCCAUUUACCCUCACAGACCCCCACCCUCCACUUCCACACCAGCGCAUGUAAUCUCAUGUAAUAACUUCCAUGAUUAUCCGAGCCUGGGACACAAAAGCAAUAACUCCACAAAGAGGUGGACGGUCGCCGAGCAUCGUAAAGAAUGUCACCGCGGCGCGUUUAACCAGCUGCGAGGAAAUCCCACACACCCUCGAGGUGUCAUCAGCGACAUCCGCCCAGUCAACCAAAUAUCGAAGUCAAGUCGCCCUGGUUUCACCACGGCGGGUGUGGCGGUCAAAUCCGUCCCCCUGCAGCACAUACUUUACAAAUGGGUUGUGUUUUUAUUUCCCUGUAGGGCUCCGAGCUAAUGUUAGCCUGACGCAAGGGCCAUGCAUACGCUGAGGCUGACACGCGGACCCUCGCAGACUUUUGCUCUGCAGCCAUCUGCUCCGUCCACGUCUUCUGUCCGUGUCAGCGACUUGGCGAGAUGGCCCGAAUACUUGUCAGCCUUGUUUGUGGGUGUAUGUGUGUGCGUGUGUUCCCUUCUUCUUCCAUUCACCUUUGGCGCGUUUUGAUUAGUUUGUGACAUGGAGUCAAUUUUCCACUCGGCGUAACAAUAACCACACACACACACACACACACACACACACACACACACACACACACACACACACACACACACACACACACACCCUCGUUAUUACCCUGACAUUUACGCACACACGUGGAGGUAGUCGCCCCCACAUUUCAGCUCCCUGAUAUCCUCGAGCGCUAACCGCAAAACAAUGAUCUUACAAUGAUAUGCAUUAACACACACAUCCACAGAUGGUAACAUGGGAGGUGUGUGUGUGUGCAGGUUCUGGGAGAUGAUGGGGACAUCACCAGUGAGAUGUGGUGCUGAUGGAGCCUGACCUGUGAAGCUUGCACUGCAAUAGCUUCUCACUGUCGGUGGUCAUGCAUUGCACAAACACCUGAUGCCCACACAGUAUCUGUUACCGUCUUUCACUCUGUGUGGAGUUCCUGUUGAAAGGUAUAUGCAUAUAUAGUCAUUUUGUGCAUAUAUUAGCCUUUUCUGCAGCCGCAUGGCUACCCCCAUCACUUUCUCCUGACCGGAAAUAUUCUGCAUACUGUAUUCCUCUCAUGUCGACUCAUUUUGAAAAGGGCACACCAUAUGUCAGUGUCAGGAAACAUGCCGUGGGGAGUACUAAUCCCCCUGGGAGAACAGUUUUUGCUUAAUUUCUUUCGUUCCCGACUUGAAGGCUGAUGCAACACACCAGCUAUGCUAAAGCUGUGUUCACUAAAAACCAGAUGAUUUUCUACACUAAAAAUAUAUAUAUACACAAGGCAUCAGUAUUUUACCUAAGACAUGCUUGACUCUGCAGUGCGCGGUACACACCUUUACCCACAAUGCUGUGCACGCGGGAAAUAGAGUAGCUAUCCAACUGUCAAACAUUGAAACGUACUAUUCUUUGCAAAAAUUACUCAUGGAUCUUUGUGAAGCACCCAGCCAGGCACAGAAUGCACAAUGGAGGAAAAGCUGAUAUUGUACGUUCGAGUGCGGCUUGGGCCACAAUUUUGGAACCUGUCGGAGCACAAAAGAAAACUAAACUGGCCUAACCCCAACCCAACAGGCAUUCAGAUUUUUGUGUUGGAAAUGGAGCCCGAUGCAGUUAAUGUAAGCUGAACUGACUUUGUGUUACUCUGACCUGAUCCAAAUAGCUUGUACUUUGUGUAGGAGCCUUAGUGUUUAUCAGAGUUCCCCAAAUUACACAAGUUUACAUGACACAUAAACAUUUGAACAUUAACACUCAAGUGGGCAGGUGUGUUUCACAAAGUCGACAAACAGCCUCACCUUUGAUCGUUACUUUGCCGCCUAAGGUGUAGAACCCAAAAUACUUCCACACACCGCUUCUCAGAUCCUCUGGUGUCACGAUCCUCUGCUCAGGACGACUUUGCUUAGUAGCAUCCACCAUUUUUGUUGCAAAACAACAUAACAUUGCAGGCUUACUUGACUGAGAGGUCAAUAGGGCAGGCAUUAGGUGGCCCUCUGCUGGAUCAGGAUAAAAAACUUCUUCAGACGGUCUGAUGCGCUUUUUGAAAUCGAACAGGUCAUUACAGGUUGAAGAUGAACUUCUCCCUCCACGUUUUGAAUUCAUUUUGUAAUAUGAGUGACAGCAGUCUUUAUUUGCUCAUGGAUAUGUGCAACUCCAUGAUUCAUGUGCUUUCACGCUUUACUUGUUCUUUGCUGUUUCAAGUUUGAUUUCUGUGAUUUCUGGAGGAAAAUAACGAAAAACCAAAGCAUUGUAUAGAGAAUGAAAUUGACAGCUAAAGUACGUACUGUGAUUCUUAAAAAAGAGAAACAGAAAGAUUGAUGUAUUAUGUACAGUAUUUUUUUUUUUAUCACAUUUUUUGUCAGUGCUUCUUCUUGUUGAAGAAAGUAAAUUUAGCAUUUUUUUAAAAUUUCAUAUUUCUCUUUCAGGAUACCCUGUUUCGCGUGUUUGCAUUUGUUGUUUCCAUUCAGUGGGAAAAGUAAUAAUUUUUCAUAGCGAACUUUCACGCUACAAUAUGCCGGGCGGGGUAAUUGUUUCUGCCUAACGUUUAUGUAUUGUUGGAAGCGAGGGAGUCUCGUGUGUUGCAGAGGUAGAGACGAGGAUGGAUUGAUGAUUAGGACUCAGAGAGAGAGAGAGAGAGAGAGAGAGGGACGAUGCAAAAAAGGAAACACAAGAGAUUUUCACUGUAGGAAAAUUUGUGAUUAUGAGCAGAACAAAGAGAGAUUUAAGAGAGAAUUAUGGGAAUGAGAACAGCGUCCCCUGAACACACACACACACACACACCCACACACACACACUGCUCCUUCUAUGCAUAAUCCUCGGCACCCCUGUAACCUGCAGUUGUAAAUAAUAAUAGCUGAUAACCGGUGCAGAAUGGCGGCGAGCUGCUGAGCAAAGUAAUCAUGCUUCCUGAGAUGAUGAAGCAAACUUUACCUCUGAUAUCCUGAGGAGAAACAAAUUAAGUGGGGAAGGAAGGAGAGAGUGGGAAAGUGAUGAUGGAGGAAAGAAAGAAAGAGGGAAGAAGGAGACGUGAGAAAAAGCCACAUUUACUGCUCGGUGACUUACGGCGCGUUAGAGAGUUACUCCCAUUGUGUUUUAGAUUUAUCAAAACAAGUUACUAUUAAAACCUCACUUUCACACCAAAGACCUUAAUUAAGCUGUUAAAUAGACCUUCAGGUUGGUGUGUUUGACCAGUCACCCCCUAUGGAUCACUAAACCCAGAACACAGUGUUUGACGAUUAUUCGCAAAGUAAUUACACAAAUGUUUAAUUAAAUGAGGCUCCCGCCUGCUCGAGUAGAUUUAGGGGCGUGUGGGACAAGAUGGAGAGAUACUGUUAGAGGAGAGGAAGAAGUCAGCGAACAGACGUAGCAGCAACGUCUUCACUCACGCCUUCUGCUCUAUAUUUUAAGGGCUUUGAAAAAUCUGCAUUGCAAUAUUUUGUCACGUGAGCGUCUUAUUUGUUGUUUUCAGAAUUCAGGCAGACUAUGAAUUUAAAGACAAAAAGUGGUUAAGGGCUAAAAUAGUUCAAGUAGUUAAUGUGCGUUAAUAAGUUGAUGACAAAAGUUUGUGCGCUUUGAUAUAGAUAAAGAAAAAGAGACGAUGCUAAAUGCAUUAAAUGCUUGAAUACACACAAGGGGGGGUUAAAGGGGCAUUCCUCAGAUUUUAACACAGAGCUCAGCUGAAAACUGUUGAAAACUGUUUUCUAAAGAUGCGUUCAAACAGCGAAGCACUUGUUCCGAUCUUGUUUCAAGAGCGUGGUCCAUCAGUUUUAGAUCAGGCUUUAUUGAUUUCAUGUUCAGAUCUUGUAAUGCUCUCACUCAAAGCCCCCAUUCGUUCGCACUCAAUUUACCCUGCUUGUGCUUCGAUUUCCAGCGCUCCGGCUUCAGCUCCUCUCCACACACUCAUGGUUCUUCUGUGCACUGGUGAAACGUGUGCUCACGGAUUUCUCCUCUGCUCUCGAACUUUUUUGUGCAGCAAGUCUGUGAAAGUUCCCCAAAAAGUAGAAUGCCAGGUGUAGUGGUGACAAGUGAAGUUGUCCCACCCUCGUUGUGGGUGUGUUAGCUUUAUGUCUUUGAGUGUCCUGUACGGGCGGUUACUUUAACCACGGCUUCCCGUUGGUGUGCUUGAAGAAAAAAAGAAAUCAAGGAAUUUUAAACACUAUAAAAACUAAAUAGACCCCGCCCUGUUUCUUUUCUCCUUGUAUUUCAUGGGAACAGCACCAACAGUUCAUCCGUCAACACUACACUUGGCAUUCUAUUGGGUGGGCAAAUUUGUUGCAUCAAAAAAUCCAAGAGCAGAAGAAGAAAUCAGAAAGCAAACGUUUCGCACUCGCACAGAAGCAGCGUAAGCGCGAGGAGAAGAGCUGAAGCUGGAGCACAGGGAAUUUAAGCACAAGCAGAGGCUAUUUGAGUGCAAACGCAAGGGUUUGAGUGAAAGCGUUAGAAAAUCUGGACGUGAAAUCAACGAGUCCUGCUCUUGAAUUGAAAGACCAUCACGUCUUGAAUAAAGAUAGGAAGAAAAACAUUUUAAUCUGUAGAAUCUGGAACUAUGGAAGGGAAAUACUUAAUAGUUGGAAUUCAACCCUUAGAAUGAAUGCAGUAUUAUUUUCUGUUGAUUCAUAAGCCUGUACAGAUGCAAAAAAAAAAAAGAGAUGAUAUUUGUAGGGUUACAGUCGUCUCAUCACCUGCCUCAAACUCUGAGUUAUAUAACGAAACGAGAGCCACGAUUUAUUUGAAAUCAAGCCAUCAGGAGCUCUGUUUGCUUUUAGCGACGGGGCCGUCAGUCGACAGUGACACCCAGCGAACGAUUCUCGAUUGAGAAGUUCCC